AUGACAGCAGCGCUGUCAAGGUCAGAGGCAUGGAGCCUUCUUGCCCUGAGCUCUACAUGUUUGGGCAUCUUUGUCAACACGUUCCAAGGUGAUGGAGCGCCUCUCAUUGUAUCUCUGGCUUUUUCGGGUCUGGCAUAUUCUGUAACAUAUGCUCUGAUACGAUGGCUGGGCCCCACCUUCAUCGGUGCUGGUCUCAAAGGCAAGGACAUGAGCAAGGCAAUCAAGAAGGAAAUUCCUGAGACUAUGGGAGCCGUUGCAGCUUCGAUAUACCUGCUUAUCCUCAUAGCCUUCAUUCCCUUUCCUUUCUACAAGGAUAUAGUGGCUGCGACCUCAGGUGGUGGCAAUCGUGAUGUUGUCGUGCAAGCUGCAGAAGUGGAAACAGGCCGCUUCUUACAUCGGUUCCCACAUUCGAAGCUUUCAGCAUACUUGUCGGCUCUCCUGACCCUGCAUACGACAACCCUACUAGGGAUUACGGACGAUAUUCUCGACCUGCGUUGGCGCCAUAAAGUGCUUAUCCCUGCGCUCGCUUCCUUACCCCUACUUCUUGUAUACUACGUUGACUUUGGGGUCACCUCGAUCGUCAUUCCGAGGUUUCUUCUUCCCUACAUACCAAACACGUCUAUUACCAAUUCGGAGUCUGGCCUGAUUCAUCUAGGUCCUUUGUACUAUGUCUAUAUGGCGGCACUGUCUAUUUUCGCACCUAACAGCAUUAACAUUCUGGCGGGCAUCAACGGGAUUGAGGUCGGCCAAUCAAUUGUGGUCGCCGUCUUGCUGAUGCUCAACUCUUCGUUGUACUUGAUUCCCUUCCCAGGCAACCCGAUUCUCGGCUCCUCUCCGCCUCCACGGGAAUAUCCUCACCCAGCAACGGAUUCUCAUCUGUUUACACUCUACCUGCUUCUUCCCUUCCUUGGUGUCAGCAUAGCUCUAUACACACAUAACCGCUAUCCAGCUCGCGUCUUCGUUGGGGACACCUACUGCUACUUUGCUGGAAUGGUAUUUGCAGUUGUGGGCAUUCUCGGUCACUUCAGCAAAACGCUACUUCUGCUUCUUAUUCCACAAAUCAUCAAUUUCCUUUACUCAUCGCCACAGCUCUUCAAACUCAUUCCUUGUCCACGGCAUCGGUUGCCGAAAUACAACGCUCGUACCAAUCUGCUUGAGCCGAGUGUCACCGAAUAUCCGGCUGAAAGACCCCCUUCGAACUUUCAGACGAUGACGUUGACCGCGCUGGCCAAGAUGCAUUUGUUAGAGAUACAGAUUGAUCCAGAGACGAACAACAUUCGAUCUUCAACCAAUUUCACCAUAUUGAACCUGUGGCUGGUUUGGUUUGGGCCUAUGCGGGAGGAUAAACUGGCACUUGGCCUGCUAUCCAUGCAAACAGCGUUUGGCCUGCUCGGCUUAUUCGUGAGGCACAGAAUGGCACUUUGGAUAUUUAGUUUAGACAACAGAGGAUUUCCAGGCUGGGGAGAGGGGAGUGCCGUGUAA